AUAUACCUGUAGCUGCCGUCACGCCUUAGUCUUGCGAGAAGCGAGACGAGACUUGUGACGUCGGAUUUACCUGUCCGGCAGGAGUCAAGGAACUGGGUAUUAACGGCUUUGCGGGACGUUUAAGCAGCGAUCCGGGACUGCGAUCCGGGACUACAGUCCCGAAAAGCGGGACUGUGGGCGGUGUGCGAUAGGUGAUUAGAGUAUAUUGAUUUGAAGUGUUUGCAUGCGAAGCAAUGCCCCGACCCAACCCCGUGGCUGCCCCACGUGGGCGGACCUCACCCCUUAAUAACCAUGCUUCAGUCCAUCGUACCUCACCAACACCGCCGGCAAACAAGUCUACCUCCAGGCGAAGGAGCCCCCCUGAAGACAUAACAUUCAUUUCAGGCUCUGCUGAAACACCUCCUGAGGAGCCUCCUUGCUGCCCUUCACUUUGCAGAGCAUGGGCUGCCUAUAAAGCAGUUUUGUGUUAUGUAGUGUCCUGCAGUCGCUGCCUUCAAAAAGACCCUGAUAUAUAUAUUGCAUACCCCUUGGAAGUCAGAGAUAUCGGUCCCCACAAUGGCCAUCCUGCUGGCAGCCCUCAUCCUCCACGUGCUAUUGAAAGGGGAAAGAAAGCUGGGCUUGGUAACAGCUUUAGUUAUCCAGAUGUUAAAUUAUUGGGGGUUCCUGUUUACAACAAACAGCCAUGUCCAGUCAAUACAGACACAGAGGCUACAAAAGACUACACAGCUCCUGUUUCACAACUUGCUCCUCGCAGCUCUGCCGGUGACUACUAUUCAUUGCAGGAGUCUGAUCCUGAACUUUCGAGGUGGAGCAGCUCCAUGUCCAGUGCAGAAAUAGAUGUGUUGAUAUGGCAAAAGCUAACUGAACUGUUCAGUCUCCAUCAAAUUGAUGAACUAGCAAGGUGUACUUCAGAAACCGUUUUCUUGGAGAAGAGCAGCAUGAUAACAGAUUUGAUUAACAGUCUGACGCAGGAUUACCAGUUGGAAGAGCAGGAUGCAGAAUGCCGGCUGGUGCGGGGCAUUAUCCGUAUCAGCACUCGUAAAGUUCGUCCACGUGGAGGAGAAAAGGGAUAUGGAGGGCAGCAUCAUAACAGCCGGAAUAAUGGCAAGGCACCUGAUAGUGGCAAUGACACCAUGCAUGAGUCUGGACUGACAAGCCAAGAUGAUCUGGAUGUACAGAUAUCAGAAGAGACAACAUCAGACCUCAAAGCAAGAAACAUGAGGAGAUACAGCACACCAGAAAGGGUUAGGCAUUUGUCCCCUGACCGUCCUCAAUGAAUAUGCUGUAUAAAGAAACAGGGACACCUUUGUUGAAAGAUGAUUCUUUACAGGACACAGAGACAGAUUCUUCAGGAACACCUCUGCUAAAAGUAUAUUGUUAACUAAAGACUAUAGAGAGCAGAAUCUUCUAAAUGAAGGUGGUGAUCUGAGCACAGAGCCACUCUGAUGUACAUAAUGGUAAAGUGCAAUAUCAAACACAGGAUUAAAGUUCCUUUCAAAAGGUGAAGAACGCAGCCUUUUAUCAAUUUCUACUGUUAUCCUGCUGCCCGGAUUCUAUUUUUCUGUUAGUGCAGAUUAGGGGGAAAGCUUUCUUUUGGAAUUUUUUGUAAACAGGACUGAACUACAUAAUGUUUGUUGUAUGAACAUUUAAAUAGGAUUUUUAAAACCAUGGUCACGUGGAUUUUUUUUUUCUUUCUUAUAAAUAUAUAGACACUUUAUAGAACUUGCAGAUGGAUCUAGUUUCUUUUCAUAUCACUUUCACCUGUUGGCAGAAUAUUUUGACUGUACACUUCAAAAGUGGGAACUUACAAAUGAAUUUCAACUGUACAUAUAUGUGUGUAUGUGAACAAAGGACAAAUAGCCUCAUUGGUAGGUGAUGCUGCAAGAAAUGAAGCAUGCCUUUAAAGGGUCCUACGUGGCCUGCCUGUGGAAAGGAGGAAACAGACUGCAACUCUUACACUGCUCAUACUGUAAAUCCCACCGUCUAAUGUAGGUUUUGGUAUUUCACAGAGAAAAUGGUACGUGGAAUAUGUUAAAGUUUUAAUACAAUGCAUUCUGAAUACAUUACAGUUGUUGGAGAAGCAGAAUCAUUAAAUGGAUACUUGUAAUAAA